ACAUUAAACCUGUUUUUUAUUUGUAUAUGCCGCGUUGUUUCGUGUUGUCAAACAGUUAACGGUUUCUGCUAUAGUAGUAUAUACCUCGACCCCAACAUUUCGCUACUCUUUCUUUCUCAUUGUUUUUUUCCUCUUUACUUAUUUCCCUCUCUCGAGGUGGCUCUAUGCAAAUUAGCAUCGCGUAUGCAAAUGACGUUAGGCUUCUGUUUAAUUGUAAAUUUAUCGCGACGCGACGAAAUCGCACGGUGCAAGUCAUCAUAAAAUAUUGUGACUCAGUUGAAUUGGAACUCUCUGGACGAAUCGUCAAUUCCAACAAUCAUGGCCUACAAUAAAGCUAGUGAAAAAUCAAGGGAACCUGGUACUCUUGCUAAAUUGUACCUCAAAGCUUACAAUUUUUCACUCGUACUUGGGUGGAGUUACAUCCUCUAUGUUUUGAUUCAAUAUCAACUAGGAAUUGGCGGUGAUGAACAUCUUGGAAAAAGUCUGUGGGAUGUUGUAGGAUUUUCCGUUAUUGUGUUCCAGAAUGCAGCCGUUCUUGAGAUUCUUAACGCUUCAAUCGGACUGGUACGCUCCAAUCCUGUCAUUACAACUUUCCAAGUUCUCAGUAGAGUGAUGGUAGUUUGUGGAGUAUUGUUGGCAACUCCUCUCGACUAUGCAGCUUCCUCGCCGGGUCUCCCCAUUGCCUUAUUGGCAUGGUCUGUCACAGAAAUAAUAAGAUACGCUUAUUAUUUCACAAGCUUGAUGGGAUUUGUCCCUCACUUUAUUGUUUUCCUCAGAUAUACAACAUUUAUUGCUCUUUAUCCGAUUGGAGUUACUGGAGAAUUAUUGUGCUUCUAUUGGGCUCAAAUGUAUGCAAGAGAUUUUCCCGAUGCUUGGAGUUACGCUCUUCCUAAUCCUUGGAAUUUUACAUUCAGCUACCGUUAUUUUCUGAUCUCAGUGAUGCUGCUGUACAUUCCACUUUUCCCGCAAAUGUAUCUUCACAUGUUUGCACAGAGACGUAAAGUGCUGGGCACACCGACAGAAAAGAACAAAAAGAUUGCGUGAAAAUGCAUCACGUAUGUAAAAAUGUACAUUUCUUUUCAGAGAUCAAGAUCGUGCAAUUCACAAUUGUGUACUUUUUUUCUUUUGACAAAUAAACUUGACUAUAGUUUUAUUUUCAA